GUGACUGUCCGUACUCCUUCGAGUAGAGAGACUUUGUUCUCAAAUUAAUUUGGAUGAUCCAAAUUCAUGCGCUUCUCCACCAUUUUCCGCAAACCCCCAAUCCAAAUCCACCGUCACCAAAUCUCCGUAAAGCUACUCCACUCUCCCCCCAGACCAAGACAUCCCAGAAACCCCUCCUCCACCAAUCGCUUCUUCCAAAAACCAAAACUCGCGAAAACACAAACCCCACAAGAGACCCCCAGAGUCUUGUACACAAGAGACACCGUAUCCACCAUCUACAACCUCCUCAAAUACUCCACCUGGGACUCCGCCCUCUCCCACCUCCCCCACCUCCCAAUCAAAUGGGACUCCCACAUAAUCAACCGCGUCUUGAAAUCCCACCCUCCCAUGCAAAAAGCCUGGCUCUUCUUCAACUGGGCCUCCGACAUCAAAGGCUUCAAACACGACCACUUCACUUACACCACCAUGCUCGACAUCUUCGGCGAAGCCGGUCGGAUCCAGUCCAUGUACUCUGUCUUCCACCUCAUGAAGGAGAAAGGUGUCGUGAUCGAUACCGUGACGUAUACUUCGCUGAUUCACUGGGUUUCUAGCUCGGGGGAUGUUGACGAAGCGGUGAGGCUGUGGAAGGAGAUGAGGGAGAAGGGGUGUGAGCCUACGGUGGUGUCGUACACGGCUUACAUGAAGGUGCUUUUCGAUGGUGGGAGGGUGGAUGAAGCGACGGAGGUGUAUAGGGAGAUGUUAAGGUUUAGGGUUUCUCCGAAUUGUUACACUUAUACGGUUUUGAUGGAGUUUCUUGUGGGUGCUGGAAAAUGUGAGGAAGCAUUAGACAUUUUCUUUAAAAUGCAAGAGAUUGGUGUGCAGCCUGAUAAAGCAGCUUGUAAUAUUCUGAUAGGGAAAGCUUGUAAGUUGGGCGAAACGUCUUUCAUGGCUCGGAUUCUUGUAUACAUGAAAGAAAAUGGGAUUGUGCUUCGUUACCCUGUGUUUGUGGAGGCUUCAGAGACUCUGAAAGCUGCAGGGGAAAGUGAUUAUUUGUUAAGGGAAGUCAAUUCGCAUAUUACUGCUGAAUCUUUGUGCUCCAACGACACCGUUGAUGACAUGGAAAGUUCAGAUGAUAGUAGAAUUAUCAGCUCUGUUCUUUUGAUGAAGCAGAGUCUUGUUGCAGUUGAUUAUAUACUUAAUCAGAUGAAAGAUAGAGACGUAAAGUUGGAUGCCUUUGUUGUUUCAGAAAUUGUUGAAACAAACUGUGACCGUUGUAGAACGGAGGGGGCCUGGUUAGCUCUUGAUUACAGCUCGGAGAUGGGGAUUCAUCUCGAGAAGUCAGCGUAUGUUGCGUUAGUUGGUUACUUUCUGAGAGAAAACGAGCUUACUAAAGUUAUCAAAGCCGUCAAGGAGAUGGUGAAAGCCCAUCACUCACUUGGUGUGUACCAAGGAGCAACGUUGAUCCACAGGCUUGGGUUUGGCAGAAGACCUCGCUUAGCUGCUGAGGUUUUCGACUCGCUUCCGGAUGAUCAAAAGGGCGUAGCUGCUUACACUGCGCUGAUGGAUGUAUAUAUCUCAGCAGGGAGUCCAGAGAAAGCAAUGAAGAUAUUGGAAGAGAUGAGAGAACGUGAGAUCAUGCCUUCGCUGGGGACAUACAAUGUUCUCUUGUCUGGUCUUGAGAAAAGCAGUGACUUCCAGAGUGAAGUAGCGGUGUUGAAGAAGGAGAAGAAGAGUCUUUUGGCUACUGGCCGUUUCCGGGAGAAUGUUGAUGUUGAAGAGAAAGUCUGUGAUCUUCUGUUUGCUAGAAAUCUGUAAUCUAAUUCAGAUGAAGUCAACAUUAAUGUUUAAACGAAGCUCAUUAUAGCAGCCACAAGUGUGCUCUCUCUGCUAAAGACCCGAGGUAGUUAGUUGAGGUUGAGUUAUUAGGGAUCGUUUGAUAAGGAGACGACUAUGAAUCCCAGAAGUUCAUGUGUUAUAUAUGCGUCCAAGUAGUGAGAUUCACUAAAUUUAAUGUAACCAUUAAAGAUUUGUUGAAACUUGUGGCCUUUCUGCUGUGUAUCUUCUUCGAAUUUCUCUAUAUUGCGAUUGUAGUGAUGAAGUUUGGGAAGCAAAUAUGAUUUCUGCAUGAAUGAAUGUGUAGCCAUAAACUUGUGCAGAGAAUCUUUCAUGUUUGUCCACAACUUCCUCACUCUUUGGAUUGUUUGACAGAAUUAUGAUUAUAGCUC